AUGGAUACUGUGGCCCCAAGGAAGGCGCGCAAGCGCAAGUCGAGGGAGAGCAACUCCGACGACAACAGCGGCGAUGAUGGCAAGAAGCGUGGGCGGCCAAGGGUCGAGAAGGCCGAUGAGUCUGCUGCAGAUCGACGGAGAACACAAAUCCGCAUGGCACAAAGGGCCUACAGACAGCGCAAGGAGAGCACGCUCGACGAACUGCGAAAAAGGGUUUCGGGGCUCACCAACACCAUCGAGCUCAUGAACAAGUCUUUCGUUGACUUUCGCGAUCGCCUAACAGGAGCUGGUCUUCCUGACAACAACGUUCUCGAUCUCCGCGAAGUCUCGGAGCAAUAUGAAGCCUUGAUGAAGUGCGUCCGUAACCCAGCAGAGGAGUGUGAUCCCAAAGUCGCGCGCCUUUUGCAUCGUGCAUCCUCUGGAUCCGACCAAGGGCAGGACGCCAUCAGACCUGCUGCAGAGCCCAGAAAUGUUCCUAGCUGGAUGGACCAGAAUGUAGUUCAGUCUCAUGCUAGGCAGAGAGGUACGACAGAGGUCGGCAUGGGAUACACGAUGUACAUGCAGCCUGCGGAGGACUCUCCAUCGAACAUGUCACCAUCGAUGGACUAUUUCGGCAACCUCGAUCCGAUGUCACACGCCAUGGUACCGACCACCAGAGCCAGCAGUGCAAACUCACCAGGCAUGUUGAGGGCAAACGCAGGUGCUGCCACUCUACCACCAGAGCUUGGUGCUCCGAGAUCGUACAGCUUCCAAGAAAGCACUUUCGGCCGAAGACUGCACAGAGCGUGCCUCGAACAAGGCUACCAACUCUUGCUUGACCCGAGUCGCAGACCUGCGACGUACGAAAGAGUCUUCCGACUGUCACUCCUGAACAAGAACAGGGAGAAGCUGAUCGAAGCCAUGAGAGAUAUGCUCAACGCAGGACCACAAGACAGCCUCGACUCACGCGCGCCUUUAAUCCACAUCGGCGGAGCAGGCACGCACUUCCCAAGGCGCGACCAGUAUGGCAACAUUCAUCCCAAGAAAGAGUCCUGGAACCUGGGCGUGGUCGGGCCGCAAACAGUAUCACUGCUCGAGACUGCUGCCCAAAACAACCUCACCACCGACAUGACCGUCAACAUUGCAGGCUUCGAGGGAGAAUGGUUCGAUCCAUACGACGUGGAGGGCUAUCUUCACGAGAAAGGCAUCUUCAUCGAUCCCACGUCCUCCUUCGCCGAGGCCGAAGUGCUGGACUCGCCAUCUGUGCCUAGUAACAUUUCCACCGGCACGACAAUGUCUGCUCAGUCCCCUAGGACGCCCGACGUGUUCGGUUCCAAGAACGAUGCCUUGCUCGGGUUUGACACCGAGCAGAUGGAGUAUCUCUCCAGCAACGAUGCCUCGGUCAACGAAUGGAUGGACUUCACGCCAUUAGGGUUGACGGACGUGGGAUACUCAGAUGCUAAUACUGGCUCCUGGAUGAAUUUCCUCCAGCCCGGCGAGACGAUGAAGAUGCAUGGGAUGGGCUCCGCUGACAUUGUGACGUCGCAACCCGGGUGGCAGGCACCCACGCCCAGGUCAGAUGGCUUUGCACAUCAUACAAGUGCGCUUCCGAAGCCGCCGGCCACGUUUGGUCACACGUUACCACAGCAGAAGAAGACGGUCAUUAUCGACGUUGCGAAGUUCGUCAAAGUCAUGACAGCUUCAGGCCAGUGUAUUGGACGAACACCAGGCUUCAAGCGCAGAGAUGUUGAUCGUGCCUUGGCUCUUUCCUCGUUCGAUGCCUUGUGA